AUGGUCCGGAAACAAUUUCCCACUGGGAGACAAUGUAACAAACGAGUAAUUUCAACUAAACGCGUUGAGAUGCCGUUUGCUCGCAUGCCUCUGACUGAUAUAACUAAUGUUUCAAGCAAUGCAUCCACAGUCAGGCAUCAUGUGCAGAGUUCCGACACUGCCCACAUCAAAACCAAUCCAAAUAUAGUCAUUGACCUUAGUGAUGAUGAUUCUGAGGGUAUACUUGUUGCCGAUAAUAGGAAUCAAACAUCAAGCAAUCAAACUAUUGUGCGACAUCGCAACAAUCGGACGACGAAUGCGGAAUAUUUGAAUUUUGGAGAUGCAUCAUAUAAA